UCUCGAAAUGAUUAGUAGCGCAAUAUUUCCUCAUUAAGUGAAAUAAUUGAUUUCAUUAUCCAAUUUUGUUUAUGGAAUAGCAGUGACAAAUCGUCAAGACGAGAAUGGCAUCCUCUUUUAAUGUGGAGAAAAUGAAAGAAUUCUUGAAGUGUUCAUUGUGUCAAAAUACUUUCGAUGACAUCAAGCACAGUCCUCGAUUUCUAGACUGUCUACAUACAUUCUGUGUACAGUGCUUAGAACAGAGAUUUGUAGAUGAGUCCAUAGAGUGUCCAGCUUGUAAUGCAAAGUACCAGGUAAACAGAUCUGACGUUUCCAAUUUACAAGUAGAUCCACGAAGGGAAAUAUUUAAAAGAUAUGUUGAAGUCAUUUCAGACCGACAGGAGAUGUUGUGUGGAAAUUGCAAAUGUAACAAUGUGGUGCUAUUUUGCAAACAAUGUUCUUACUUUCUUUGUAAGGAAUGCGAGAAAGCCCACAAUGUUUGGACUGAUUUUCAAAAGCACUCAGCAAUUGACAUCGAAAAUUUGAAAGGUGAUGGGUCAGAUCUUAACGUCUUUGCCAGAUUCUCAAAAUGUAAAGUAAUAAAUCAUCGAAAUUAUGAGCAGAAAUUUUACUGCACAAAUGAGAGCUGUUGCAAGCCUAUUUGUGCCGAAUGUUGUCUCGCAGAACACCAGAGCCACGCUGUUAUAAGUCUACAGGAACACAUAAACUUGUGUCAAAGCCAACUAAAAGAGCAGUUAGAAAUAUUCGAGAAAAAUGUCCACCAAUAUCAGAAAGAACGAAUAGCACACACGGAGGAAGAUGAAAAACUAUCAAACUUGGAGUCCAAGUUAUACAAGGAGAUAGAUGAUGCAUUUUACAUAUUCAUUAAGCUGCUACAAGGAAGGCGGGAAUACAUAAAGGCCAAUGUGAGAAAAAUAGUGGAAUCAAAGAAAUCAGUUCUCCAGAAUGCUAUUGAGGAAUGUGAUAAAAUUCGAAAAUGUUACCUGCAUAUAAAGCAUUUUGUGAGCACCAUGAAUAGUACAGGAGAUCCUAGAUGUCUAACUGACACCACCCCAAUUGUCACUAGGAGGUUGAUGACCUUGAAUAAGUCUCAGUUGACUUUUCAAUCUCCGAGCACUACCAUUAUUCAGUUUGAUGCCGAUAUUUUCUUUAGUUCGAUGAAAGCAUUCAUCAAAACUCUUGGAAACAUAACAGAAUUCUCAAUUUCUUCAGAGUAUUCUACAAUGCAAAUUCCAAAGAGGGUUUUUCAGAAUGAAACUAUUGAUAUAUUCAUUCAACUCAAAGAUGUUUCAGGCACGCCUCUCUCCAACAAAAUCAAUGGAGUGACCUUAGAUAUCAAUUACAAUGACGACAAGAAUACCAAGCUACCGAUGGAAUGGUUAGAAGACGGGAGGUAUGUUGGAAAAUGGAAACCUGGUGUCCCUGGACAGUAUAUCUUAAAAGUUCUGACACAGGAAUUUGAUUUAGACGUCAGUUCCGAAAUUCUCAUUGUGAAAGAGAGGACAGAUCAAGUUUCACAGUCAGAAGAUGACGAGCAAUCAGAAGAUGCAAAUCCUAAAGAGUUCCAUAUUACAAAAACAGAAGGGUGUUCAAACAAAGAAGAGAAACGGGGUAAAAAUAUGAAGAUCGUCAGUAUGCAGAAAGUUACACUACCAGCGAAACCAAAGGAACGGGGAACACAUAAACCCACAACACAGUUAGAACCGAUAACACAGUUAGAACCGGAGACACAGCUAGAACCGGGAACACAGUUAGAACCAGGAACACGGUUAGAACCGGGAACACAGUUAGAACCGGGAACACGGUUAGACCCGGAAACACAGUUAGAACCAGGAACACGGUUAGAACCGGAGACACAGCUAGAACCGGGAACACGGUUAGACCCGGAAACACAGUUAGAACCGGGAACACGGUUAGACCCGGUAACACAGUUAGAACCGGGAACACGGUUGAAGUAUUCUAAGGAACUUGAAAGAGGACUUCGCCUCACAGACACAAAUGUAGCAAAUGGGAAAAAACUAGGACAAAUAGGAUGGAAACCUUUACCAAAAAUUCAAGGAACGGUUACCACACAUGCCUAG